GCACCAACAACCAAGGCUGACUCUCCCACCACCCCCAAACCUGAAGAAACAACCCCAGAAGCACGAACGACAAAGGCUGACUCUCCCACCACCCCAAAACCUGAAGACACAACACCAGAGGCACCAACGACCAGGGCCGUCUCUCCCACCACCCCAAAACCUGAAGACACAACCCCAGAGGCCACAGAGGAAACAACAACCAAGGCUGACUCUCCCACCACCACAAAACCUGAAGACACAUCCCCUGAGGCUACAGAGGCAACAACAACGAAGGCAGACUCUCCCACCACCCCAAAACCUGAAGACACAACACCAGAGGCACCAACGACCAGGGCCGUCUCUCCCACCACCCCAAAACCUGAAGACACAACCCCAGAGGCCACAGAGGCACCAACAACCAAGGCUGACUCUCCCACCACUGCAAACCCUGAAGAGACAACCCCAGAGGAAACAACCACCAAGGCUGACUCUCCCACCACCUCUAAACCUGAAGACACAACCCUGGAGGCAGCAACCACCAAGGCUGACUCUCCCACCACCCCUAAGGUCAAGAGGACUACCCCUGCAGCCACUGAGGCUGACACCACUGCCAUACAGAAAACAACACCUAUUGAAGUGACAGUUACUGUCCCUGGAUUAGUAACAGCUGCUAAAACAGCCCCAACUACUCAAAGUAGUGUGGCAGUCACAACUAGGAAGGAAACACCCAUACCUGAAGCAGACAUAAUGGUUUCAGAAACAACAGCAGAGAAGAAAAUUACAACUCCUGCACCCAAAGUAGCAACGAGCAGAACCGCAAAAGACACGACUACAGCAGUACAAAGGAUAGUGUCAACUGCAGCUAGGACUACUGAGAUCAUAACAAUAACUGAUAAAACAGACAAAACAACAGCUAAAACUGUUACUUCUCCUAUAACUGAAGAGCCGACAAGUAAAAUAGAAACAACCACGGUUACCAAAGAGAUAGCAACACCCAAGAAAGACAAAACUACUGUGCUCAAAGACAUUUUAACAAGUAGGAGACCCACAACUACUGUAAGUAUGGUGAUAACAGCUAAACCAGAUGACUCUCCUAAAGAUACAGAUGGUAUUACAAAUACAACUCCUACAGCCAAGCAAGCGGUCACUACAGCAGCUGAAUCAGAAGCAACUACUGUGCACAAAAAGACUGCAACAAUGGCUGCAAAAAAAGAAGUCACCCCCGCUAAACAAGACAAGACUCCCAUACCAAAAGAAACUCUAACAGCUAAAAAAGAAGAAAGCCCUGUGGGAACAGCGACUGUAACAACAGCAGCUGCAGCAGCUACAACUCCCAUGCCCAAGCCCACUGUGUUGACAACUGCCAAAACAGAUUCAACUCCUAAACCAAGGCAGAUCGUGACAACAGUUAAAAAAGACACAACUAUGGAAACUAAGCAGACCGUAACAGCAGCAGCUAAAGUGAGCACAAGUACUACUUGUGGUGUUGUAGAGACAACAACAGCUGGUAAAAAAGUAGUAAUGACAAUCAAAGAAACUAGCAUCACACCUGAAAAAGAAAUGGAAGAUGCCACUGAAAAGGCCCCUAGCAUUGACAAGGGAGAGGAAACUACAGUUACCAAAGAAACCACUACAAGAGAUAAAAAAGACACAAUAGAAGAAAUGUUUAUUGUUUCUAAAGGGACAUCCAAGCCAACUAUACAUUUCGAGGAGGUUACUGACACAAGAGAUGAGCCUCACCCAUCCAACCCUGAAACUCUGCCAGUAAAAGAAGAGCCUGAGAUAAACAACAAGCCUUUAAUACAAACUGCGGACUUGCCAAUUUUGUCUGGAGAAAAACAAGGUAAUUGCAUUGCAGUAGGUACAAAAGCACCAAUAACUCAAACAGAGAGCACAACAAAACACGUGAGUAAAGGACAUGCAAGACCUGUCUAUCUGGUGCCAGAAGAGUGUGGCACUCAUAUCCUGGUGGUCAACCAUGACCACGGUGCUAGAGCUGCCAGCAUCUUGAAUACUGAGAAAGACCUGUGCAGCGGGAAGCCGGCAGAUGGCAUGGUGGCCCUGCCCAACGGCACCCUGGCCGUCUUCCGAGGUCACUACUACUGGCUGAUAAGCGGCAGGAGGCCGCCGACGACCAGCCCCCGCCGGAUCAGCGACGGCUGGGGCAUCCCGUCCCCCAUCGACGCCGUCUUCUCCAGGUGCAACUGCGACGGCAAGACCUUCUUCAUCAAGGGUCCCCUAUACUGGCGUUUCACUAAUGGUGUUAUGGACAACGGCUAUCCCAAACCUCUCGCAAAUGGAUUUGCGGGCCUAAGUGGGAAAAUAGUAGCAACCCUCCCUGUGGCAAGAUACAACAACAGACCAGAAUCCGUUUACUUUAUCAAAAAAGAUGGCAACAUGCAACAGUACGUGUACAGACAAGAACCAGCCAGGAAGUGUCGAAGAAGAGCCCAGGUUACCGUAAGAUACCCAGCUUAUGUCCCAAGACUUAUAAUAAGGAGACGCUUUCAACGUGCAGUAAGAAUGCCAACUGUUAUUCAGACUGUCAGAAUCAACCAAUAUCCAUCUGGAGUUUUGCAUAAGGAAGUCAAAAUGACUGCCUACUGGCGGGGACUCCCAAAAGUAAUUCAUUCAACUAUAUCACUACCCAACUACAAUAAGCCAGAUGGCUACGAUUAUUAUGCCUUCUCUUACAAUCGGUACUACAGUUUGGAUGUUGGCAAAAGAAUAGCAAGACCUGUUACUGCUCUGACAGGAAAGACUGUAUCCAAAGACUGGUACAACUGUCCCAGCAAGUGA